AUGGGGGCAGGGGAGGAGGAGGAUGAAGGCCAAGGCCAAGAGGCAGCAGAGGGGGCAGAUGAGGCAGAGGACAGGAGGGGGGGAAAGGCAGAGGCAGACGGGGGAGGGGGGAAAGCAGAGGCAGACGGGGGAGGGGGGAAGGCAGAGGCAGACGGGGGAGGGGGGAUGGCAGAGGCAGACGGGGGAGGGGGAAAGGCAGAGGCAGACGGGGGAGGGGGAAAGGCAGAGGCAGACGGGGGAGGGGGAAAGGCAGAGGCAGACGGGGGAAAGGCAGAGGCAGACGGGGGAAAGGCAGAGGCAGACGGGGGAAAGGCAGAGGCAGACGGGGGAAAGGCACAGGCAGACGGGGGAAAGGCAGAGGCAGACGGGGGAAAGGCAGAGGCAGACGGGGGAAAGGCAGAGGCAGACGGGGGAAAGGCAGAGGCAGACGGGGGAAAGGCAGAGGCAGACGGGGGAAAGGCAGAGGCAGACGGGGGAAAGGCAGAGGCAGACGGGGGAAAGGCGUCGCCCUCCGUUUCUGGUGAUCAUACACAAAAUUACGAGUGA